AUGGUCUUAGAGGAGUGUGUUUCUAUGAGGAGUCAAGAGAAGGAGAGGGUGAGUGUUGGGGAGUGUUGUAGUGCUCUUAUCCACAAUAAAUUACCCCCAAAGAUGAAAGAUCCGGGAAAAUUUUCCACUCCUUGCAUUAUCAAUGGAAAAUUGUUCCAAAAUGCUCUUUGUGAUCUAGGUGCUAGUGUUAGCAUCAUGCCAUACUCUAUCUUCAAGAAGCUUAAGCUAGGUAAGCUACUUCCUACCACCAUGACCCUUCAAUUGGCCGACCGUUCCCUUAAUUUCCCUAAGGGUAGGAUUGAAGAUGUCCCCCUCAAGAUAGGUGAGUUUACAGUUCCCGUUAGUUUCAUUGUGCUUGAGAUUGCGGAAGAUGACAAUAUACCUAUCAUUUUAGGGAGACCAUUCUUAGCCACUUCGGGUGCUUUGAUUGAUGUGAAAGGUAGCACUAUAACUUUGUGUGUUGGUAAUGAUAAGGCUAGUUUCAAGCUUAAGUUAAUGCAUAAGUCUCUAUCUUACGUGCAAGGAAUCAUGUGUAUCAAUUCACUUCCUUUAAACGACAAUGCUUACAUGUUUGUGUCUUCUACUAACGACACUCUUGUAGCUUGUGAUGAUGCUCUUAUAAGUGUUAAUAGCAAGAUGGUUAGUGAAGAUGUCAAGGAGCUCUCAACGCUUAAGGAUGAGUUUAAAAUGCCUUCAUGGUUUGAGCUUUCUUUGAAGGAUGAUGAGAAUGGUUUUUCAAGUGUGAAUGGUGCAGAGUUGCUAGCUCCUAAGAAGAAGAAAUAG